AUGUGGGCCAAACAUAGCACAACCACAAAGACACAACACAACCACCAAGACACAGCACAACCCCCUGAAGACACAGCACAACUCCAUAAAGUCACAGCACAGCCCCCAAAGACACAGGACAACUCCAUUAAGACACAGCACAACCCCCUAAAGACACAGCACAACUCCAUUAAGACACAGCACAACCCCCUGAAGACACAGCACAACUCCAUAAAGACACAGCACAACUCCAUACAGACACAGCACAACCCCCUCAAGACACUGCACAACUCCAUUAAGACACAGCACAACUCCAUAAAGACAAAGCACAACCCCCUCAAGACACAGCACUACUCCAUAACGACACAGCACAACCCUCUCAAGGCACAGCACAACUCCAUAAAGACACAGCACAACUCCCAAAGACACAGCACAACCCCCCAAAGACACAGCACAACUCCAUAA